AUGGAGAAUGUCGGGAUUUCGUCUCCAUUACCGUUGCCCAUCCAUUUCGACCUCCUACCAUGCCUCACACCGGGCAAGACAUUAUGCCCAGUCUUUUAUGUGUUGGUCGAUAAUAUCCCAAUCUACGUGACCUUAGACCCUUCCCAGAUCCCUCACAUGUCACUCCUCCCCUUAUUCCUAACUUUACAUCCUAUAUCCCCAUUGUCGAUCUUAUCAACUUUACAUCUUCGACCCGACUCAGAUUAUUCGCUCACUCUCAAGGGAAUCGCACCGUUCGUGGACAUCUGGGUAUCACUCAACCUAGCAUGGACGAUAUGUGAAUCUCUCAACGUGGAGAGAUUAUUCUGGGACGAGAUGGAUCCUACUAAAGGAUUAUUGAGCAAGAUCAUGGGGGAGAUACAAAGUUGGGAUGAAGGGCUGGCUAUUGGGCAUAACUGGUUACCACCUUCCACACAGUUGCCCAAAUCAGCCUAUUCCCUCUCUACACUCCUAUCAACACCGUUAACAGGAGUGGAUAUAAUUCAAGAUAAUCGUUAUAUUACCACUCCUUUAGAUGACGGCAGUCGAUCUCGUAUGACAAAAAAUGCGGAGGCACAUAAUCCGAGUAAAAUUAGAGACGGGAAAUGGCAUGAAGUUUGGGAUGGAAUCAUUGCAUUAUCGGACCUAGCAUGGAACGAAUUCUUACUUUAUCCUUCAAUCCCACCUAUACCAGAUAAACCCAGUCAUAUUCCCCUAUCUCACCCCAUCGAGACAGACAUCUUACAUACGAUCGUACCCCUCAUCCCAUCAUUGAUCAACCACGAAAGUCCAUUACCGACAUACCCGUUCAACCUGAAUGAUCUACAGAUCUUACUUGAUUCGAAACCGACACCUUCCAUCAAACCAUCUUUGUACUCUAUGGUAUUUUCCCUCGUCGCAUCCAAGAAAGAGACGGAGAGAACGGCUAAAUUGGAAGAGAACGAAUAUAAAGCAAGGUUGAAAAUAUGUCUUGCAGAAUGUCUAGGUGGAAUCAUGAUAUCUGCCUUGCUGUCACAGUUACACUCGGAUGACGAGAACGUUUUAGGAAGAGAAAGAGGAAGGAGAAGAUCAAGUGAUAAAGGGAUUUUUGUCUUUGUUGAGAAACCUGAUCAUUUCGAUUUAACCGAUAUUGACCUCUCGCCAAGUAGACAACGACAACACCAGCAGCAACAGCAACAGCAACAGCAACAGCAACAGCAACUUCAGAAGAAAGAUCAAGAGAGGCAAAGAGAUAAAGUUGGGAGCGGAAGUCAGAACAGAGAUAAACUCCACCAUCACCAGGAUCCAAAAGACAAUUGGAUGAAGACGAUUGAAUCUCUAGAAGAGCGAAGAGGAGCUUCACCGCCUCCCCAAGAUCAACUUCAGAAAGAUCCUGUUCAUGAGAGGAGACGCUCACACAGUUCUCGAUCCACUUCGGGGUCUGAUCUCCAAGCUCAUUCCCCUCUUCAUUCCAAAGAGGACAAGAGAAGAUCUCCUAAAUCGACUCAUCAUCAAUCCCUUCACAAGACUCCUCUUUCCCCUCCAGCAUCACAAGAACAAAAACCAGGAACCAUCUCGUCUGAACCUGAAUCCGAAUCAACAGCUACCCCACCACAUUAUCGAGUUAUCGAAUCCAUCGAUCAGUUCCCUCUGGGUGAUUGGAGUUGGACCGGUUCGAGCAAGUUGAUGUUAAGUGAGAAUAAAGAUGGGUGGCAGCCUUAUAGGAUUUUGGGGAUUGCGAUUUUGUUAGGGUGGGUGUUAGGGCAUUGGCAAGUAUUCUGA